CGCAGAUAGCCAGCCAAAACAUGGGAGCCGCUUUUUUGACGCCCGACCUGGCCCACACCUGCAGGCUGCCACCCGACGCGGCCUCGGCAGCAAGCAACGACACCAGGUCCCAGUGCAGCUACAACGCCACGACCUCCACCGGGAGCACCGAGGAACGACCCUGCCUCCAGUGGGAUUUCGAUGACUCCACUUUCACUAAUACCAUCACGUCCGAGUUCAGCCUGGUGUGCGGCCGAAGCUACCUGCGGGCGGCCUUUAAAAGCAUAUAUUUCCUCGGCGGCUUCUUCGGCGCGAUGCUCAACGGCUGGCUCUCCGAUUCGGUCGCAAAACAAUGCUAGCUGUAGGAAGUGUGAUUUUCACUAUCAUGUCGAACAUCCUUCCAUGGCUGCCGAGUAUCAACAUCAUGCUGUUUUUCCGCUUUGUCAUGGGCAUGAUGCAGCCGACGUCCAUCCAUGCUGGCUACAUACUGGCCAUGGAGGUGAACGAACCGAAGUACAGGACGGCCGUCGGCGUCCUAAUCUUCCUACCGUAUGCCCUCACCGUCAUCGCCCUCGGGGGCUACGGCUACCUUCUGCGGGACUGGCGCUGGCUCAGUGUCACGACCUCCCUGCCCUGCCUGCUCUUCCUGCCGAUGCUGCUGGUGCUGGACGAAUCGCCACGCUGGCUGAUCGUGCGCGGCCGCCACGACGAUGCGCUGCGCGUCCUCCAGAAGGCAGCGCGCUGGAACAAGGCUCAGCUACCGCCCGAGGAGGAGCUCCGCGCCCUCAUGGACCACAUCAGGAAGGAGGCACUGACUGCGACUAAGAAAAGCGAUGCGUCCACCUCAGGGCUUGUCAGAUCCUUGAAGAAUAUAAUGGAAGACGUUAUUGUGCUUGUAAGAACAAGGAGGAUGCGCAGCAUCACGCUGUCGUUCUAUGCCCUGUUCUUCGUGCUGGGAAUGGUGUACUACGCCUCUCGUUCGGCCGACAAGCUGGGCGUGGCCCCGUUCGUGUACAUGGCGGGCGGAGUGAUGGAGGUCCCUAGCGGCACGCUAACUAUCCCUCUGGCGGAGAAGAUGGGCAGAGCCUCGAGCACUUUGUUCCUCGUAGUCACCGCCGCCAUGCUGGUGCUCGGCUUCAUCCCAACUGCUUUGGAGUGGCUGGUGGUCACAUUGGCCAUGCUGGGCCGGCUGGCCUUUACCGUAGCUUUCCAAAUCGUGUAUCUCUAUGCCAGCGAAAUCUUCCCGACGGAGGUGCGCGUCAAGGGCUCGGAACUUGCAACAAUGAUGGCCACAGUUGGCGCCAUGCUUGCCCCCUUCAUUUGGGAAAUAUUGGGCCCCAUCAAGUCAUGGGUGCCACUGUUUGUGUUCGGCGUGGCAGCCUUUGUGGCCAGCGUGACCACGUUCUGGCUGCCAGAGACCCGCACGGCACUGCUGGACACCGUGGCCAGUCUGGAGGCAUCCACAGCAGGGCCAAGGAAGCAAAGAUCAAGAAGCAAUUUCAGAGUUGCGAAGGAAACUCACAGGAGCCAUCGGCAGGAAGAGCAGGCAGAGCAGGGAGGUCGUGGCGCUGAGCCAACGCCAGUUCCACAGGAGGUAGCCGUAGCCUCCGAGGACGAUCAGGCACAAGGCCCAUGGGGGGAAGAUGAGGACAUCCUGUACUUCGGUUCGUUCACCUCCAUGGCUGCGGAGAGGAGGGGGAGCACUGUUAUAAUUAGUUAUCAUGAUCAUGUAGUACCCCUUGAGUGUGAGUGGCCCUUAAGGAAACACAUGAUCCUGGUCACACGGUCACUCCACGGAUACUCCAGCUCUAGCCGUGUGAAAACAUUGGAAACACAAAGUAAUGGAGAUCGCAUGGGGACUGUUGCAAGUGUACCGGACUCUAUUCCACCACACGAGCUGUUUCCCACUGUGUCGCUUUUCGCAUCUAGAACCACUGAACUACAGACCUCUGUAUCUAUUCAAAUAUUGGCCCAUGCGCGCUCUGGCACUGAAGAAGCUCCAUCAGUUACUCUUCAGUUCUUAUGGUUAGAGCUUGGCAUUGAAUAUAAAGAGAUAAGACCAAGGAAGAAGUGCACUUACUGGGAGAUGAACGGGUCCUUCUACAGGGUCUGCAACACCAGAUCAAGUUUGCACCCAAGAAAUUCCCUCUGCUGUAUCAAGACCAUAUUUCAACCUACUAAGUUUAUCACACUAUGCGAUACCUAG